AUGGCCGUCGCGGAGGAGACGCCGGCUGCAGUCCGCGUGACGGAAGAUGAGAUUGCCAAACCCGACGACAGACCCGGGGCCGCAGCGGAGCAGGCCGACAUCACGCGCCCGAUCGGAGCCCAACCGUGCAGCACAAAGACCGGAGACGUGGUCCUCCGCGUCGAAGAAGACGGGGACGAUGUAGCGCCGAAGCUGCAGCGUGACGACGGCGCCCCUGACGAAGACGACGACGGUCCCCCGCGACGACGGUCCACCGCCGGGUCCGGGACGAACUGGCUGCUGCUCCUCGCCAGCUUCCUGUCUUCGUACUCCAUGUACACCUUCCAGGAGGGCAUCCCGGAAGAAGACAUGAUCCCCCUAGACCACCUCCUCAAGCGCGUCAUCGGCCCCCUCUGGGACCCCUCCCCGGCCGUCCUCGCCCUCGUCGUCAUCGUCCUCGCCGCGAGCACAUCCGCCGUCGUCUACAGGCAGGGCAUGUCGUGGGUGACGACGCUGGGGCUCGGCAGCGCCUUCAGCCACUUCCCCGUGGGCGUGUGGCGCGAGGGCUGGCGCGAGACGGCGCUGCGCGACGCGCCGAUGAGGCUGAUGAUACCGCCGCUGCUACUGCAGCUUGUCAGGGCCGUCGAGGCGCGGACCGGGUGGGAUAUCACGAGGGAGCGGUCGAUCCGCGAGGGACGGGAGGAGAGGAGGGCAGAGGAGAGCGGGGAUCGCGAGGCGCUUGAGAUGAGGGAGGGCGACGGCAGCGGUGGUGACGGUGUUGGCGGGCUGUUGGAUCAGGAUAGACGCCGUGAAGGAUAUGGUGCGUGUUAG